CCAUCUUUAAACCACAAAUCAUCUCCCAAAAUGGCUACAACUCUUCACCAAGUCAUGACCCUCAUUCUCCUCUUCCAUGUCAUCAUCACCGUGCUUGUGGCGGGACGUGAUAUCCCAAACACAAACCUCAACAAACAUGAAGUUGCCAAACACCCCGAGUCACUGAUCAACCAUGACCGCGGUUACCUAAUUCCAGGUGUUGGACGCGGUAUUAAGCCUAAGUGCAAGGACGGGUUUAACCCAUUUACCUACAACCCUAUCACUGGGGGCAAUAACGGUGGGAUCCUAGGCGGACAUGGUGUUCCUAGGUUUGGUGGAGUUGGUGGUCGAAGCUUUGUGCCGGGUGGUGAUGACACGUUUGUUCCGAACCCUGGUUUCGAGGUCCCGAACCCUGGACGUGCCUCCACCGCUCCCGGUCCAAUUAGUAAUUGAGGGUGUUCUAGGUUUUGCUAUGUAACAAAGAGUGAGUCUGGUCAAUAAAACCUACUGGUGUAGUAUUGUUUCCUUGGUAUGUAUCAUGUAUGAAUGUAUGAUUGUAGUUGCAAGAUUAAUGGAAUUAAAUUGCUUUUGGCCGGUUGCAACUUA